UUUCCAUGUCUUUGAGAAAGCUGACUUCAUCUCCCUCACACACAUUUGUUUUCAGUUCUCAGCUGCAUCUCUAGAGUCUGUGAGGCUUCAGCUGCUUUGGAUACUUGAAACAUUUCAAGUUCUUUUAUUUUCCACUAGUGCAAAACCUGAAGGAAAACAUGACUGACGCAACUAGAAAAUCAAAAAUAUCCUCAUCUCGACGACUGGGGUUAAAAAUCAGACUUUUGGCAGUUGCUACUCAGAUGCUCCAGGAUGAGAAAGAACAAAAAAUGAGGGAAAGAGAACUUACACUCAGAGAGAGACUUCCUCCCCUUAACCUGUCUGGCCUGUCUUUACAACAACUCCAGAACCUUUGCAAAGAACUGCACCAAAAAAUCGACAUUUUAGAUGAGGAGCGCUAUGACAUUGGUCUGAAAGUCACCAAAAAUGAGAAUGAAAUUGAAAACCUGAGACUGAAGAUCACUGAGAUUCAGACCAAAUUCAAGAAGCCCAACCUGAAGAGAGUGAAGAUCUCAGCUGAGGCGAUGCUGAGCGUUCUGCUGGGCUCCAAACACAAAGAGUCCUUCGACUUCAAGGCUAACCUGAAGACAGUCAAAAAGGAAGAAGAAAAGAAAGAGGAGGUCACUGACUGGCGCAAGAAUGUGGAAGCCAUGUCUGGCAUGGAGGGCAGAAAGAAACUAUUUGAUGCUUCUGGCAACUGAAGGAAAAUGCAUAUUUCUGAUCAGAUUUGAUGCAAUAAAACAUAAUUUCCAUAACACACACAGUACAAUAAUAACUUAACGAAAUGAAAAAAAGUUUAAAGUUUAUAGUGUGACAGGAGAUUUAGAAUUUUUCAUUUUCAAUAGACUAUCAAAGCCGUAAAUUGAAACGCUUUAACAAAUCAUCUUAUUUUUGCGAAUUCCUCUUUAUUUUUAAAUUACUAAAGGAUUUUUUGGUAAGAGCAAAGGUUCUUGAAAAUGCAAAGAAAUAAAUACAUUUUUAUCAUAGCACAUGGCACAAUGGUUAGAGCUCACAGGAAGAAAGCCCUGGUUAAAGUCCCAGCUGGGCCCUACAACAGUCUGAUGAUCUGUCCAGUGUGUACCCCACCUUUGCCCAACACUAGCCAGGUUAGGCUCUGGCAGCCCUCAUGACCCUGAAAGGGAUGCACCAGGGUUAAUACAUUACAGCUUGUCAGAGUGCUACCUUGACAUAAACUUUUGUGUUUUCAGAGGUGUUCUGUUUGAAAAAGGAGCAGUUCUCCAUUGUAGCCUUAAGAUGGCAGCACGAUUCUUCAUCAUUUGUCUUUCCUGAAGCCUUCAAGGUUCUCUCUUCUUGUGUAAAGACUUACUGGACUGUUACCUGGUUGACAAACUCUGAUGUCAAAAUUGUUGUGACUAAUAAAGACAUUUAAAGGAAAUAAAA